AUGGCUUCGGAAAAGCUGGUGAUCGACCCUGCGGUCGACAACGUUGUGGUAGACAAUGGAGACACUCAAGUCAAGUUCACCAAAGAUGGAGAAAGUAUUGAUUUGAAGCCGGAACAGAAGCUGAUUGGCCUGACCAAGGAGCAGCUCGAGAAGUAUCGUAAUGAUCCCUUCUGGAAGUCGGCACGGUACUUUGUCUUCGCUCUUUUCUGGAUAAUCUGGUUGGUGAUGUUUGUGGGUGCCAUUCUAAUUGUGGUUACUUCUGCCAAAUGUGCCCCAAAGAAAGAACAGGCCUGGUUCCAGAAUACAGUAGCUUAUCAGAUCUUCACACCGUCGUUCAAAGAUUCUGACAAGGACGGUGUUGGAGACUUCAACGGAAUCGCGGAGAAGCUGAACAGCUUGAGGAAGAUAGGAAUCUCGACUAUUUGGCCUACUCCGUUGUUGCAGACCAACAAAGAUGAAUAUGACCCAGCAGCGAUUGUCAAUGGAAAUGAAAUUGACACAAGAUUCGGCACAGAAGAAGACUUGAAGAAUCUGAUUGAAGAAGUUCACGGUAUGAAGAUGAAGUUUAUUGCUGAUCUGCCACUAACCGAAUCGAGAGUCCAGAACUUGACCAAUGAAAACAAGUUGAUCGAUUUGACUAGCGACAGUGCCAUCGAGGGAUUGAAGAAGAUCGCUGUAUCAUUGUUAAAUUUGGGUGUUGACGGCAUUCAUCUUGCUCAAUACGGUCUCUCAUAUGUAAGCAAGUUAAUGAGUUUCUUACUUUUUUAAAUCUUUUUUGUUAUUAUAUAAUGUGUUAUUUAUUACUAUUUCAGAACUUUGAUGUUACCGAGAAACUAGAACAGUUGGCUGGACUAAUCCGCGAAGAAGCCAAGGAGAACUUCCACGACAACAACCCUGAGAAUCUGUUGUUGUUCAGCGACCUGCCCAUUACUCGUCCUCAACGCAACCUCAAUCUCUACACUCGUCCUCUCUACCGUUUCCCUAAUGCCACAACUUCUAUAUGCCAAGCUCAACUUUUCUACGAUUGUUUUGCUGAAAGUGCUAGGACUGGAGCUGGUCAAGUUGACCGUAAUGUGUCUAGUCUACCAUUGUGGCAGCUUGGAGAUGUAUCUCGUCCACGACCAGUCUUGAGAGGAGUCCCUAGAGAUAAGGUGCCUUUCGCUGCAGCUGCUACUACAGCUAUUCAGUUGAUGUUGCCAGGAUCGUCGUCGAUUUACUUCGGAGAAGAACUUGGAUUACCUGCUGGCACUGAUGGCAAAUCACAACAUGGCUUGAUGGCAUGGACAGAUGGAAAGAACGGUGGAUUCUCUGACAUCGACGGAAAGAUAUUCUUCCAACAGCUUCCUGACAAAGACGUCAAAGCCUUGAACUUUGAGGUAACUUAUUAGCAUUUUAAAUGUAAUUUCAAGAGGAUCACAGUACACUUUUGUUAUUGAUUACUAUUUUUUUGUAAAAUUUAUAUUUUAGACCCAAUACCAAGCCAGUCAUUCAGCUUUGAGAGGAUUCCAGAAGAUCGCUGGCCUUAAGAAUCGCGACGAAGUCUUUGUUGAAGGGAAAUUAACAGUCAAACGAAGCGACGGUCUUACUGUGUACACCAGAAGUUUGGAAGGAAACGAAAAGGUAACUUUAACAUUCAACGCAGUAUUUACUGUAAUAUAUUCUAAUCUAAUAAGAAACAUUUUCUGACUAUCUUACUAAUUAAAAUAAUUUUAGGCAUACCUCCUUGUUGUCAACAUCCCUCAACCCGGAGACUCCUCCACCAAACUGUACCCAGUCAGUUCCAAGGUUGUCGAAAACUUUGUUACAUCUCACGUUGAACUUGUGUGGAAUCAACCCAAGAACCCAGCAAUCCCAUCUCAUGUUGAACUUAACGAAAAGUUGACAUUGAAUCCUUAUGAGUACGUUCUGCUCAGAGCUACUGUCGUGAAGCCUGACAGUGCUUGA